CCCGAAGGGAGGCAGGAAGACAGACUCGUGGUACUGGGAUUGAUGAUCGCCAGGAGAGUUCCAUGAUGCCCCUCUGAACAUUUGAUUACUAUUUAUUUAUUCUACGAGGAGAAUUGUGAAAGGAAUAUGCCAUCUGUUAAUUUCAGUAACAGCCGCAGGCAAUUCAAGUUGCCGGUAAUCAGAAUGUCUUCUGGGAACUACCAUGACAAGAUUCUCUGGAAAAGACCGCAGCAUUCCGACUCGUUUAUCUCUCCUGGUUCCUUCCUUUCUUCAUUGAGAAAGAACCCGAAUUUUCGUCCUUAUACCUACUGGCACCUCGUAUCACUCUCACUUUCUGUCACACAACACCUUGCAAUGAUCUUCAUAUUUAUUUCCGUCUUUGUGCGAUUAAAGGAACGUACCUUGGACCCGAGGCUCCUUGUUUGGAUCGCUUCUACAUGUUUCAUCCUGGGUUAUGUUACCUGGCAAGUCCUCGACUGCCUCUGCAAAAGGCCGAGACAGGGGCAUGCCGACCGUGCUAAGAAUGUAAAGUCAUCAAUCCUGAUAUUCCUCUCGUUGAUGUCCUUGUCGCCCGUGCUGAGGACCCUAACGGCCGCCACGUCUUCCGACUCGAUAUGGGCACUAUCUGCCUCACUCUUCAUGCUCAAUGCCGUUCUAGCUGAUUACAGCAGUUCAGUCACUCUCUACGGACCGGUAAACGAGAGGUUGACAUCGGUGCUGUCCAUGAAUGCUGCGAUAUCCUCAUCCGUCGUACUGGCCUCACGUUUGCCGGAUGAUCCUGCUGUGUUUGCGUUGAUUCUUUUCUCGGUUCAGGCAUUUGCCUUGUUUCCGAUUUUACGUCGCCGUCUCCAGACAUGUACUGUUGUUUUUCGCGCGGUCUUCACAUGGUGUUUAUCACUAGCGGCAAUCAUCUUGACGAUGCCAUUAUCCCAAAGUGUCGCUUGGCUGUACACCGUGGUGCUGUCUUUUGUUUCUUUAGUGGCUCCCGCAGUACUAGUCUGGGCGCAAAAAUAUAAAAAUGAAAUCAGAGGAUCAUGGGAUGUUGCCGUUCCCCGAGUCAACGAGAGCUAGAUCUAGUGUCUAGCUCUCAGAGGGAGGUCUUCACGUCACUUUUUUCAUCAGAAGGCUCGGUGAAUGAGGGCGCUGUCGCUCGUGGUCGGCGCAUG